AUCUACCGGUUCAACAAAUCUUAAGGUUUUUACCUCUCUGAAAAUCAGUGACCUCGAAACACUGGUUAAACAUAGCUGUCAAUGCGGAUGAUUUUCAAACAUUUUUAACAUGGCGUGCGGCAAAAUGAAGUGUUUGAUCGGUUUUAUUUUAUGUUAUUGCAUUUUGAUAGUUAAUGGACAGAAAAAAGUAAUUGAAUUAAAUGAGGAUAAUUGGACGGAGAUUUUAAAGAACGAAUGGAUGAUAGAAUUUUAUGCUCCUUGGUGUCCAGCCUGUAAAGCCCUUCAGCAAACAUGGGCGGAUUUUGCUGCCAUAUCUCCAGGUUUGGGAAUCAAAAUUGGCCAAGUAGAUGUGACAACAUCUCCUGGCCUCAGUGGUCGCUUUAUGGUUACAGCACUACCCACAAUUUUUCAUGUACUAAAUGGGGAGUUCAGACAAUAUAAAGGCUCUCGAGAUAAAGAUUCAUUUACUUCUUUUGUUGAAGAUAAAAAAUGGCAACAAGUUGAGCCAACACCUAGUUGGAAAUCUCCAGACUCCAUUCAGAUGUCUAUUGUGUCAUCAUUUUUCAAAUUAUCACAAACUUUACGUCAUUUGCACAAUAAACUUAUGGAAGACUUUGGAUUGCCAACAUGGGGAUCAUACUUGAUAUUUGCCUUGGCUACAAUUGUUAUGGGUGCUAUUCUUGGAUUGGUUUUGGUAUGUGUUAUAGAUCUAAUUUAUCCACCUAAACAUAUAAUUGUUCAUAAAAAUGACAAAAGUAAGAGAAGUGGGAAGGACAGUGGAGAUGAAAUGGGUGAAGAUGAUAUUGGUGAUGAUCUCAUAGAUGAUGCUAACCAUGCACAACAAAAUUCUAAUACAGAUUCAGAUGAAAAUCAAGCAGGUGAUCAAAUUAACAAAAGCAAAUUCAAGAAACGCAAGGCCAGAAGAAUUGAUAUGUGAUCAUAUACUUAUGUAAUUAAACGAACUUAGCAUAUGAAAAUGACUCUAACAAAGUUAAAAUCUUAAAAACGACUUAUUUUUAUACCAAUAUGAUUUUAACAAAUUUCUAAUAUUUGUACAAUAAUAUUUGUAAAUACAUUUUCCAACUAUA